GCAAAUGGCGGAGGCGCUGAGGCGGGUACUAAAUGCGGGCCGCGCGGCAGGGCCCGGAGAGGAUAGCAACCCCGGGCCGCCCUUGCUGUUGCUCGGCGCUCCGCGCUCUGCGCAGACGUCGCUGCUGUUUGCCGCGGCUCUUGAGGCAGCAGGGGAAGGCCGCGGGCCCGUCCUCUUCCUGACGCGAAGGCCUCUUCAGAGCCUGCCUCUCAGUACACCCGCAGCGCGAGACCAUUGGCGGCUCCAGGUAACCGGAGGGCUGGACCUGGCUAUGCGUCACCCAAUGGCGGGCUAGGUUGCUCAUGAGUGACAGUUCGAAGAUUCGAUUCCAGUACCCAUCCUCAAUUCAGGAGCUUCUCCAGCUGCUAGCCUCUGCCCAUGAGGCCCCAGCGCCUGUCCCAUCCCUUCUACUCCUGGAUGGCCUGGAAGAAUAUUUAGCAGAGGACCCAGGGACACAGGACACCGCCUACUUGGCUGCAUUGCUUCUGGAUACUGCUGCCUAUUUCAGCCACCGGCUUGGAGCCAGUGGCAACUGUGGGCUUGUGGUGGCCCUUGAAACCCAAAAAGAAGCCGAUGGUGAUGUCCCACAUCUGGCAUUACUUCAGCGUUAUUUUCCUGCACAGUGCCGGCUGCAGCCAGAUGCCCUAGGCUUGGGACAGCAUUGCUGCCUUCGAGCUAGCCUAGAGACAGGCAAGCUGAGCCCCAGGACAGAGUGGUCAGUGACUUUCUUACCUGGUGGAGAGAUGAAGAUCACCCCAUGGCCUGCCCAGGCUUCUAAGCUCAGCCCAGACCAAAACUGUUCAAGUGCUGGAAGCCAGUCUUUAACUUUGGGGUGUGACAACCUCCCUAGUCCCAGGUUUCCCUUGGAUGGAAUACUUACCUCAGGGACAGGUGCAGAUUCAAAGACCUGAGAAUGUAGGUUUCCUGUUUAUAAACCAGCAUCAUUGUUGUUGGGGGCUGGCAAGAUGACUUAGGAGGUCAAGGGUCUUGGCCACCAGCGUGAUGACUGAUUCUCAGGACCCACGUGGUAGAAAGAUAGAACGGACUCCUGGAAGUUGUCCUCUCACCUCCACACAUGCCCUGCACACUAAUAAUAAUACUAAAUUAAUAAUGAAACCUUUAAGACAAAUAAGAUCGCUGGAGCCUUCCUCUGUCCACUCACCAUUGUUAAUGAGAUUCAGCCAUAUUUCCUAGUUCAUUUCUUUUUAUCUGCUGCAUUUUUUACCCAGAAUGGCUCUCUCGUAAGUCAGGCUAGUCUCAAACUAGAUACGUAGCUGAGGCUGUCCUUGAACUCCUGAUCCUCCAGCCUCAUCUCUUGAGGGUGGGGCCUAUGGUGUAUGCUCCUAUUCUUGGCUCCUCUUGCACAUUCCAUGGGUGCCUGUAUCCCGGUUACCUCUGUGUGUUGACUUACCGACUGUUAGGGUCUAGUCAUACACAUGAGCUUACACAGCACUCAGGGUGUGCAGUUGGGAGUGGAUUCGUUCCAUGUAGAGUAUGCAUACAUCUAGCUUUCUUAGGACAUACAUUUUUAAAGUCAUUUGACGGAAGCUGAGCAUCAUGGUGUGCAAAAUGGUAAGGCCAGCUUUGGGAGGUAGAGGUGGGAGGUCACAAAUGCAAGGCUAACCUUGGCUACAUAAGGUAUUGGAAGCCAUGCUGACUUACACUAGAUCCUGUCUCCAAAAACCAAAAUGGGCCAGGUGUGGUGUGGCACAGGCCUUUAAUCCUAGUGCAGAGGCAGGUGGAUCUGUGUGUAUGUGUUUAAGGCCAGCCUGGUGUAUGUGCCAAGUUCCAGGCCAACCAGGGCUACAAGGACAAAAACUAGAGAACUGGAGGGAGAGCUCAGUGGUUAGGAAUUCUGUCACCGAGUCAGCUUUGGUUAUGCAUGUGUCUGAGUCAUUUCCCUGAAUAAUCCCUCACCCAUGUUCCUGCAUAACUCCAGUAAAACUUUAUUGGUUCACC